CCGUUGAAUCUGGUUUAACUUUAAACCCUGAAACCUCCACCGUUUCUCCGCCUCGUCGCCACCAUGUCGGAGCGCGACCGCCACCGCGAACGGGAACGGGAACGGGAACGGGAACGAGAGCGUGAAAGGGAUCGGGACCGAGACCGCGAGCGGGACAGGCGCCGAGACAGAGACGACCGUGACAGAGAGAGGGACAGAGACCGUGAACGAGGGCUGCGGAGCAGGAGGUCUCGAUCUAGGUCUCUGGACCACCAUCCUCGUUUCCGCCAUGCGCGCUCUCCGGAAAGGUUCCGGUCUCGUUCCCGCUCUCCGGACCGUGACCGCCAUCGCCAUCACCGGCGCCGGACUCCCACCCCCGAGGUGCCGUCUCGUAAGCGACAUCGUCAAGAAUCCGUGGACGAUGAGAAGGAGAGGGACCGAAAGCGAGCUGUCUCAGAUUUCGUGGACGAUAUCGUCAAAGAGCAGCAGAAGAAAAAGGAUAAACAAACCGGCGGCGAAAACGCCGAGAAUGAUGACGGGGGCGAGGGAAUGGAUGUAGAUGAGAUUGAGAUGAUGAAGAAGCUAGGGAUUCCGGUUGGAUUCGAUUCGACGAAAGGCAAGCCGGUUCCAGGUGCUGACGUCAGUGGUGUCAGGGCAGUGACAAAGCGACAGCCCAGGCAGUACAUGAACCGCCGAGGAGGUUUCAACCGCCCUUUGCCGGCGGAGCGAAAUCGCUAGCUUCCUAAGAUCCCUUCUUCCUCUGCCGGGUUCCCAGGACACAAGUAACAGCAGUUAAGAAGAUGAUAGUUGUUUGAUAUGAUAUCCUACCCAAUGUGAUCUGUGUUUUGAAGAUUUAAUGUGUUUUGAUUCUUCCCAUCUCCAUUCUGACUUCCCUGAGGAAAAAUAUACUCUUUUGAAUGGAAACAUCUCAUAUCUGUUAGCUCUGUUGAUUUUAGGAUUCAAGAUGCUUAAACAUUGUACAUUUACCA